CCCAGUUCUCUAAGGGUGUGUACGCCAUUAUGGGCCUGUAUGAUCGGAGGACGGUCAACAUGCUUAUGUCUUUCUGCGGUUCUCUACACGUGUGCUUCGUCACGCCAUCCUUUCCUGUUCAGACCAACAAUCAGUUUGUCCUGCAGCUGCGGCCCCAGCUGCAGGAGCCCCUCAUGGCCCUGUUGGAUCACUUCUACUGGACCAGGUUUGUCUACAUGUACAGCUCCGACUCAGGUCUUAUGGUACUACAAAGGAUACUUGACACUGCAGCAGAGCGCAGUUGGCAGGUCACCUCGGUUAACUUGGACACAAUGACAGAGGGGACCUUCAUCAAGAUGCUGGCUGACAUUGACUACAAGAAGGACUUUCAGAUCAUUAUUAACUGUGAACUGGAGCGCUUGAACUACAUACUAAACCUGAUUGCAGCUCAGAAGAGAAAUUUAAAGAACUACCAUUUCAUCCUGGCAAACCUGGGCUUCCUUGAUCUGAAUGUCACUGAGUUUCAGAAGCUGGCACCAAAUGCGACAGGUUUCCAGCUGGUAAACCGGACACACCCAGCUGUAGAGAAAAUCAACCAGGACUGGAUGGGUUUUGACAGCAAAGACCUUAAACUAACACGGAAAAGGCUCAAGUACACAGGAGCUCUGACCUAUGAUGGCGUCAAUGUUAUGGUGAAGGCUUUCCAGAACCUGCGACAGCAGCGCAUUGACAUUUCUCGCCGUGGUAAUGCAGGGGAGUGUUUAGCCAACCCCCCAGCUCCAUGGGGACAAGGCAUUGACAUCCAGAGAGCUCUGCAGCAGGUUCGUCUAGAAGGACUGACGGGGCAUGUCCAGUUUAAUGAGCGAGGACAUCGUACCAACUACACCCUGACUGUGAUGGAGCUCAGCCACAAGGGGCCACGAAAGAUUGGCCACUGGAAUGAGAAAAGGGGCUACGUAAACACAGCUGUCUACAGGCCGUUGACGGAAGAACUGUUGAAUGCUGGUCUGCUAAACAAAACCUACAUUAUUACCACCAUAUUGGAAGCUCCCUACAUGAUGCUGAAGAAGAACCACGAGCAGCUUAAGGGAAAUGAAAAGUAUGAAGGUUACUGUGCUGAACUAGCAGCCGAAAUCGCCAAACAUGUUGGCUUCACCUACAGCCUCGAGUUGGUGACGGAUGGAAAGUAUGGCGCCAGAGAUGCGGAAUCAAAGUUAUGGAAUGGCAUGGUGGGAGAACUGGUCUAUGGGAAGGCAGACAUGGCUGUCGCCCCGCUGACCAUCACUCUUGUUCGAGAGCAGGUGAUUGACUUCACCAAACCCUUUAUGUCUCUGGGAAUCUCCAUUAUGAUCAAGAAACCAACCAAGUCCAAACCAGGCGUCUUUUCCUUUCUUGACCCGCUGGCCUACGAGAUCUGGAUGUGUAUAGUUUUCGCAUAUAUCGGAGUCAGCGUGGUGCUCUUUCUGGUGAGCCGUUUUAGUCCCUAUGAGUGGCAGAGUGACGAGUCUGAUGAAGAAGAUGAAACUGUUCCAUCUUCAGGGUCUCGACGAGCUCCACCCACUUCAUCCUCUGAAGACCCUCAAUCUCUAGGUUACUCUCAAGGUCAAAAUCCAAACCAGAACCAACAAAAAGAAAAAGAAACCCCUGAACACACCAAUGAUUUUGGGAUCUUUAAUUCUCUCUGGUUCUCACUUGGGGCCUUCAUGCAGCAAGGCUGUGACAUCUCUCCCAGGUCUUUGUCCGGCCGAAUUGUCGGAGGGGUGUGGUGGUUUUUCACCCUCAUCAUCAUCUCAUCCUAUACAGCCAACCUGGCAGCUUUCCUUACUGUGGAGAGGAUGGUGUCCCCUAUAGAGAGUGCAGAAGACCUGGCAAAGCAGACUGAGAUCGCCUAUGGUACCCUUGAUGGAGGUUCUACCAAAGAGUUCUUUAGGAGGUCUAAGAUCGCUGUGUUUGAGAAGAUGUGGUCAUACAUGCGCAGUGCAGACCCAUCAGUGUUUGUGAAGAAUACCAAUGAGGGUGUAAUACGCGUCAGAAAGUCAAAGGGGAAGUAUGCCUACCUACUAGAAUCCUCCAUGAAUGAAUACAUUGAGCAGAGGAAACCCUGCGACACCAUGAAAGUAGGAGGAAACCUCGAUUCUAAGGGUUAUGGUGUGGCCACUCCCAAAGGAUCGCCUCUCAGACUGUCUGUCCCUUAUUUGCUAUGCCUGUCUUACUGCUACCGGCUCGUAUGCCUUUACAUAAACCCUGUUAACUUGGCAGUGUUAAAACUGAACGAGCAGGGCCUGUUGGACAAAUUGAAAAACAGAUGGUGGUAUGACAAGGGAGAGUGCGGCACCGGGGGAGGGGACUCCAAGGACAAGACAAGUGCUCUCAGUCUCAGUAAUGUAGCCGGAGUAUUCUACAUUCUGAUUGGUGGACUCGGGCUGGCCAUGCUGGUGGCUCUGGUUGAGUUCUGCUACAAGUCUCGGAUUGAAUCCAGGAGGAUGAAGGAGCUCAUUGAUGCAGCCAUGAUGAGUACCAGCCUCGGGGGGAUGGCAAGUGGAGUCGGGGAUGUCACGGCUGGAGGUUUCAGUGGAGGAGCAUCCGGAUGUGGGGGAGAAAACGGGAGAGUGGUUGCGCAUGAUUUCCCAAAAGCUGGAGCACAGGGUUUACCCUGCAUGAGCAAGGCAGCAGGGCGUGGACUGUCUUCCACGGGCAUGUGACACAAACCCAGCCAGCUGACUGGACACUAUGCUAAUGUAUUUUGGCUAGUAGGGUAAGGGGAGGACAGUGAGGGAUAAGUAGAUUAAGAGAAGAUAAGGAAGAGUGGGAAGAUGUAGGAUAAACAUUCAAGUCAUUUUAAAUAAUGAAAAAAAAAAAGUGAAGACCAAGCAAUUGAAAGAUAGGAUAUAAACGUGGAGAAAGUUUAAAACUGAUCGAAGGAUGCUGAUGUUCACACUAUUUGCCCCAAAGGCAGCUGAACUACAAUGAACUCAGAGCACCUGGACACUCCACCUGAGCUGGAUCAUGCUCUUGUACGCAUUUGGGGUCAACAGCAACAUUAACUGGAACUCGUUUUUUAUGAGCACUAUCUUAUACUGAACUUCUUCUCUUCUGCAAUAAUGGGACCUGAGAGGGAAGGAUUUUUUAAGCUUCAUAAGGGGUAAACUGAUGCACUUUCCCUUUUGAUUCUCUCUUUUUCCUUUGAUUCAGAUUCAAACACAGAGUUGUCUCACGUUCACACUUAACACCACUCUUCCGAGGUGGAAAUGUUAAAGCAUGUGAACAUUGCAAAUGUUUUAUUACUCUAAAACACAGGCUUAUACUGUAAUGUAAAACCUGAAAAAAAAUGUUGAACUGAAAUGAUGGCUAUCUUUGUGAUAUAUUUGCAGAUAAGCUGUAACAAACUUGUUUAACAUUAAAAUCUUUCCGUUUACUUGGAUGAAGGUAAGCCAGCUACAAACUUUUCUAAUGCCUAAUUGUAUGUUUAAAGAUCAUAACAUGACAGUCAUAGAGAAAAUGUAAGUUUUCUGUUAGACAUUUUACAUAACAGAAACUCAGAAGUGAGUAAUCUGGUCUUCAUCAAGUCAUACAAUCUGAAAACAAGAAGAUAAUCUACAAAAAUAUUGCAAUGACUUUAAAUUGGUUUUAAUAAUAAAUAAAUAAAAAUACAGAAGUAGUUAAUAUGAGUGUUCUAAGCAUAUUAAGCAGCCUUCGACUAGUUUUUUUCUGUUUUACGUUAUCAGUUUCUCACACCCUCUUAGAGGAGUUUUGGUUUAACGCUCUUUACAAAUUUGUUUAAUUUCAUGGAUGUUAGCAGACCAUUGUUGUGCAGCUAUAGCAUUUCAACCAUGCUAACUUUAACUUCCUUUCAGCACCUUUGUACUUUCCUUUUUCACAAAUUUUACAAAUGCUGAAGAUAAGUCAAGUCAUUAACUGGCUGCAAGAAGAAACCUAUAAUGUUUCCAUGCUGCAAUGGAUUUUAGCCAAAAUCGUUAUUUUUUCCUUUUGUCUAUAUCAAUACAUGAAAAAAAAAACCUAGAUGACAUCUUGCAAACCUGAUUGAUGCCGUCAGGCUGUUUUUAAAGAGAAGAAAGUUGUUCUGGCAAAAACUUUAUUACAUAUGUAUUUAACAUGUUAAAUCUGGCCUGUGACAAUAGAGCUUCUAGGUUUUUGGUAUAUCUCUGAACAUAGCAUGCUCUAAUCUUCUCAUUAAAGAAUGAUGGACUGCAAAUAAUUUGAAAUAGCCUUAUAAGCCUUUCUGAUUGCCUUGCUAAUUGCAGAUGCCAUCAUUUGACAAUGAUCAGAAAUUCAGUGCAUUUGAUCCACAUUUGGCCUCUAAACUGAAGGAGUAAGGAUAGAAUUUACUUACUGCUUCUGCAUUUUGACAAAAAUGCCAAAAAUUAUAAUGAUAAAUAAACACAGUUUGCAACAUUGGUUGAAUUCAGCUUAGUUCACAAUGUGGAAAUACUUUUUUUGUAUAUACACAUAAAACAUCUGGUUGAAAGAAAGUUUUCAAAUGGUAAAGAACCAUAAUUUUUGAGAGCUAAAUACAUCAUCUUCCUAGGCGGCUGUAAAACAGGAGCUAAAUUUACCAUCUCAGUAUAGUUUUAAUUUCUGAAAGGCUUUAGCAGAAAAGAUAAAUUGAUAACCAGUCAGAAAAAAAAUUAACUAAGGCAUGUGACACGUGGGGAAGGAAAAUAAAUGUUUCCAUGUUUGGGGCCACAUUUGAGAGAUAAAUGAUUAAUAAUUCACAACAGGAAGUUUAUAAGAUAUAAGUAAAGUGACUAAAUGUAUA